CAAAGAAUCAAAUAUAAGAAUGUCAUUAACCACUGGCACUUGGACUAGCUUACAAAGAAUCACUUAUAUGAGCUUGACUACUCAUUUCAUUGAUGCCAAGUGGAAGUUACAUAAGAAAAUACUCUGUUUCUGCCUUGUUAAUAGCCAUAAAGGAGAUGAAUUGGGAGAUCUUCUUAUUAGAUGUUUGAUAGAUUGGGGGUUAGAGAAAAUUUAUGCAUUAACUGUGGAUAAUGCAUCAGCAAAUGAUGGACUUGUGAGGGUUUUAAAAGAUGUAGUGAACAAAUGGGGAACUACUAUUCUUGGUGGGAAAGACAUUUACAUGAGAUGUGCAACCCACAUCAUAAAACUGGUUGUUGGUGAAGGUACCAAAGAGAAAGAGAUGAACAAGUUUGUGACUGCCAUUAAGGCUGUAGUCAAGUAUAUUAGGCAAAGUCCUAUGAGGGAUGUCGAUCUUCAUGAUCUUGCUAGUAGAAUGAGGAAAAAGUAUAAAAAGUAUUGGGGGAAUCCAAGGGAGAUGUAUGGUUGUAAACUUGAUGGUAAACUUGAUGAUGAUGGACCCCUUUAUGUUGCCAUGGUCAAAUGUGCGAUGGGAAUGUUGUUUGAAGAAUACAAGAGGUCUAAUUACAAGAAGUUUAAAGCUGCCAAUGGUAGAAGAGCAGAAAAAACAAUGCUGGAAAAGUACUUGGUAGAAGAUCCCAAGGGUGAGAACAAAGAUAUUGAUGUUCUUCAAUGGUGGAAGAGGAAUGAGCAUAGAUUUCCAAUGUUAGCAACCAUGGCAAAAGAUGUCUUAGCAGUCUCAAUAUCUACUGUUGCUUCUAAAUCAGCAUUCAUCACUGAAGAUUGGUUGAGAGAUAAGGCUAUUUCUGAUAUGGAGGAGGAGGAUUUGGACAAAUUGGAUAAUUUAGAGAAAGGGUUUGAUAAGCUUCAUUUGGAUUCCACCAUUCUUGAAUGAAUGGUGGAUUUAUAAAUGGUAAGGCUUGUUACUUUGUUACUACUCUAAUUUGUCUUAAUGUUUGAACAACAGAGUUUGUACUUUAGUAAUAGCUUGUGAUAAUGCAUGCAAUGUAGGUACUUGAAAUAUAUGAUAUUUCUAAUUCCAUUUGGUACUCUAUUAUUGGUUUCUUUUUUGUCAAUUGAGUUUACUUAUUUAAUGUAAUUGCUAUGUUAUGUUGUUUAAAGAUCUUCUUUUUUUUUUUUUCUACUUUAAGGUAGAGAUUUUGUAAAUUAAGAUGGGUUUGUUGAAAUUAAUUGGAUUGAUGCUG